UCCCAUAAAAAAAAAAGGGGGAAAAUGGAGUUUUGAUUGAAUUUUGAUAGUUCUUUCAUGGGUCAGAUAGAGUUGUUUCAGUAUUUUUUCUUUGAAUUUAUCAGUCUCUCUCUCUCAGUUUGCUUGUGAACAGAGUAAAAGGGAGGUCAGAGAGAGUUGGGGAGGUAAGAGAAGAGUAGAAGAACAAUUGACGUGGAUCUUGAAAAAGAUUUAUUGAGAUUUUAUUAUCAAUAUAAUUGGAUGAACCCGAAAUUCAAAUCCGUCUCCAUCAAAACCCUAAUUCACGAGCUUCCCCAAUCCUUCGUCGAUUACCUUCUCGACGAUUCUGGACCUUUCCUUCUUCCGAUUUCCGUCACCAACGACGAUGCUCUCCCCAACCGAAUCCACAAUCUAGAUGAAGAAGACGAUUACCAGGUCCCGGAAGAUUCCGACGCCGACAAGUCGGAACAGCCGGGGCCGCCGCUAUCGUUUCCGGAGCUUGAAUUGGCCGUCAAGGCGUCGAUCGAAACCCUAGGCGGCGCGGUCUUCCCUAAGCUGAACUGGAGCGCGCCGAAGGAUUCGUCGUUGAUCAGCGCCAUCGGAACCUUUAAAUGCACGUCGUUCGUCGAGAUCGUGCUCUUGCUCCGGUCGUCGGACUCGCUCGUCCGUGACCUCUGCCACGCCUACGAUUCCUGCGCCGACAAGGCCUCCACGCGGCCGCCGCGAUUCUUCCCCGCGCUUCGCAAGUGGUACCAUUCGCUCCGGCCAGACAUGGAGUUCCGCUGCUUUGUCAAGAAUCGGAAUUUGAUCGGAAUUUCCCAGCGCGAGGUGACCACAUUCUACCCCGCGCUGGUCGAGAAGAAAGAUGAGAUUAGGGCUCUGGUUCGGAGAUUCUUUGCCGAGAAUGUGAGGGAGAGAUUCGAAUCGGUGAAUUACACGUUCGACGUGUACGUGACCGGAGAUGAGAAAGUGAAGGUCGUGGAUUUUAAUCCGUGGUGCGGGUUUACUCUGCCAUUGAUGUUAACAUGGGAAGAACUGGAGCAGAGUUUUGGAGAAGAAGUGGAAAUGAGGAUUGUGGAGAGUCGGCGUGAGGUUCGGCCAGCAUUGAAGACGGCGAUGCCGUACGAUUACUUGGAUACGAGCCCUGGAAGUGGGAUAGAAUGCCGUGUGACGUUUGGUUAUGGAUUUAGAAUUGAGAAUUAUUUUUUAUUUAUGUAUUUUUUUAAGAAAAAAUAG